GGAGUAUUCUAUCAAUAAAUCCUCCUUGUCACUGAGUGCUGUAAUGAGACCGAUAUGUUAGACUAAAUUUAGAGGUUAUCAACAAAGUUAUUUAAAAUUCACCGUGAACACUUCUAUCAACGACACAAGCCACAACUAGGAGAAUGACUGCAAAUAUACGUGUUACAACGAAUCAUUCAAAUGGAAGUUUGCUUACGAUCGAUCUUCAUUUGAAUCCUUGAUAAUCGCAAUAAAGGUAGAAACAGAAAAUGUCAUUUUAAUUGUAAAUCAAGCAUCAGUUUUAAUUUAAAAUGAUCAAAAAAUUAGAAAAACAAAUUAAAUUGAAGUGAAUGUUAAAUGAUAACGCCUUAUCUGAAGCUAAAACUUUAGUUAUAACGAUUUGACUUUCGCAUUUGAUUUUUCAAAACUCCCGCCCAAAUUGCAAUGAACGUUUGAUCGUUUCAAUUGGAUAAUAUGACAUACGAAAUACGCAUUCCGGUUUUGACAGAUAGUAUAGCACGAUUAAAAUGCAUACAUGCAUACCAGUACUUGUAAAAAUACCGUAUCUCGAUUACGAAACCUAAAUGAAACGAAAUAGUAUUUAAAAAGCACCUCGAUUUUAUUGCGCAUCAUUUUGCUUUGUUCUUUGUUAAACGAGUGAAUAUUCCAGAGCUACAAUUUUAUUCUAUAAAAAUGGGUAUUCCAGGAAUGAAAACCUUUCUAUCUGAGAAUCAGGCCAUCGCUCCAAUAAAUGUGUCGGAGGUGUUGGAACAAUAUAAACGCAACAAUCCCAACAAGAAGCCAUUGAUUGUAAUUGACUUUCCUAACUUUUGUAAUGGCAUUUUAAAAAGAUUUAGUGAGUUUAUUUACGGUGGUCGGCAUUUUCAAAUGCAACAAUACUUUGAAUUGAUUAUGGAAAAGUUUUUGGGCUGUGAUUUGGUUUUCUUCACCGAUUGCAAUAUACAAGACGGUAAAAGGGCCGAGUGGCUAAAUCGCCGAAACCAAGACUUUGGAAGAUACCAAAAUCUAUAUAGGAGCAUUGAAGAAUCUAUUACUUCAAAUGCACUUAUGGGAAUCGUUCCCGAUAUGACCUUGAGGUCAGUGUGUUUUGAAAUCGAGCGGUUGGCACCAAAAUUCGGGCAAUUUUACUACUCAUACAAACGUGAAUGUGAUGUUGAAAUAGCUCGCUAUGCUAUGGAAAACAAUGCCUUGGCUGUCAUAUCAAGUGACACCGACUUUGUCAUAUUCCCUGGACAAUGGAAGCUUUGGGCAGGCGAAUUUUCCUUGGACAAUUCAGGCUCAAUAAUAACAACUGAAUACAACCGAAAUGCCCUCACCAAUCUUCUUUCACUCUCUCAUGAUCAAUUGCCAUUAUUUGCCACAUUGUUGGGGAAUGAUUUCACAAAGAGAUUCUCUAGACAGCUAGUAAGGAAGUUUGGUUACGGUUUGGAAUCCAAGAUCAAUGUUUCGAACUACGUUCGCAAUUUGAACAGUGCUUUCUUUUCCGACCUUGACCUUGUGCGCAUUACUCAAGAUAUCUUUGGCUACACAAAUCGCGAACUUCAACAGAUAUUUAGACAAAGCCUUGAUUUUUAUGACAUCGAUUCUCCGAUGCAUAUAUGGAUUGAUGCAAAUAGUUUAUAUCCAUUCGCCGAUCAACUGUCUGGUACAGCAAUUUAUCCAACAUACUUGAUGAUCAUGAGUAAGGUUCAAUGCAUUAGCAUGGGCUAUUAUGAUAUGCUUCAAGGAGGACGCGGUAACAGAAAUCUGCCCAGGGUUCUUAUCGAAUGGAUGAAACGUAAAAAAGGAGUUUUGCACAAUGAUGAUGCUACAUAUACUUUCUACAUUUUGGCUAAGACGGAUUAUAAUCGAGACUUUCAGGAAUAUCGUGAAAGACCAGUCUAUCCACCAAGUAGGUGUAGUUCAAUGCAAUAAAUUAAUCUAUUUUCUUCCUAUUUUCAGGUUCGUCCACAGUUCUCCUUGGCCAAACGAACCCAUGGAAAUUAAAAAGCUCACGGAUUAAGGGUUCUCCAUGACCAAAAGCAGAAACAUACCGUAAACGAAUAAAUGAGCUUUUUUGAUAGUUUUUUGUUUACGAUGUUACGGAUUUCUCAGUUAUCCCUGGCAAAAAACCUCAGAAAUAAGUACAGUACUGCAUUUCUUGUAGUGCUAAGAAGCUUCUCCUUGACUAUACAAGCCUGGAAAGGCAUAAUGAGCUCGGGUCAAGUAAAUAGAGGUAAUCAUGGCCUAAAAACUAUAAUAACGAGCUCUCAGAUCAGAUCAAUAAUAGGCUAUAAACCCGAGAACGUCAAAAUCGAUUGUUCUUGAGAAGCUUGGUUACAAGGUUAUCCCUGCCUAAACGAACUGGACGUGGUGAACAUAUACCGGUGUUGACGAUUCUUAAGCACUUAGAGAUCUUAAAAUGCUAACCAUAUUGUUCGAAUUUUAGUUAUAAUUCCUCCUUUGGAUCGUUUGUAUCUUGGAAGGGGAAAUGACAGUGAUCCGGAAUUAGAUUCGAUCCGAUUUCAAAUCUUAGGAUGGAUCAUGUCACUUCCUGAAGAGAUCAUAUCGAGAAUCAGAGAGUAUGGCAACGUUUGGCAACGGAUGAAAACCAUUACUCUAUAUGCAUUGGUCAAGGUAGGAUUGAUCAGUGUUGAACAAGCGGAUUCCAUUUUCUACACCGAAAAGAGAGCACAUGACAGGAACAUCCGAAAUGUGGUUAGACCGACGAACCUCUUGCGUGAAAACAUUCGUGCUGCUCACAUUUAUAACAUCGCUUUUUCACAUGUUCGACAAAAUUUUGCAAUCGCUGGACUUUUAUCUGAACAUUUCCUACAGAAUCCAGACUUUGAUGUAACCGAGACAGUUUUACUGUUUGAUGGAGUUUAUUUUCAUUGGUUAAUAGAACAAAUUGAUGGAAUGAUGCCACAGAAAUAUCAGGAUUUCCUCGUACCCAUUAGAGAAUUUCGGAUCUAUGCAGAACUCCAGAAUUGAAUAAUCUUCAUAGCAUAACAGAAACAAUGAAAUAUCUUUUGUUCUAAAUUCUGAUUUUACUGUUUUUUUUUUCUUUGGUAAAAUCACUAAUCAAAUUUAAAACUAUCUUUAUUAAUAUGUGGGUUUUAAAAAUGGAAUUACUGAAAAUGUAUCAUCAUAUUUUAUUCAAAAAUCUAGAAUCCAUAUUUCGAAAAGUUUUUCCAAAAUUAUGAAAACCUUUAUGAAUUUUGAUUUAUGCAUGCUGUCAUGUUUUGUCAAAGUUUUUCAUCAUUUGGAUAAAAAAAAUCGAUAUAUGGACGGACUCUCAUAUGAUAUUACACAAGUAAAUGGUUUGCAAUUUAUAUUGGGUGGUGGAAUUCUUUUAAAAUCAUAUGGGUUAUCAAUGAAUUAUACGAAAAUAUGUUUUGUUUGUUCUUCUUCAAAUUCAAAUAAAGAAUGUACUUUAUCUCUAAAA